UAGCCAGGCUGGUCUCCAACUCCUGACCUCAGGUGAUCCACCUGCCUUGGCCUCCCAAAGUGCUGGGAUUACAGGCGUGAGCCACAGCGCCCGGCUGGGGCUAGUUAGCUUUACAAAGCCUAUUAAUACAUCCAAGUGGAGCUAUCAGUAGGCAGUUGGAUAUACAAGUCAAGAUAGAAAUGUGAGAGUUAAAAUUAUAUAGAAUCUGUAUCUUACUGGUUUCUAAACCUACGAGACUAGACAAAAUCAGCUAGGAAACAGGUGUAGACAGAAGAAAGGUCCUGAGACAGAGUCCUGGGGCAACCCAAUCAUUUAGAAUUUGAGAGGAGAGGAAGAACCAGCAAAGGAGAUAUGGGAGAAGUUAGCCAGAGACUAGCAGGUGUGUCCUAGAGGCCAAGUAAAGAAAGUGUUUCAAGGAAGAAGAGGCCAGGCACGGUGGCUCACACCUGUAAUCCCAGCACUUUGGGAGGCCGAGGCGGGCAGAUCACUUGAGGUUAGGAGUUCAAGACCAGCCUAGCCAACAUGGUGAAACCCCAGCUCUAUUAAAAAUACAAAAAAUUAGCCGGGCGUGGUGUCAGGCCCCUGUAAUCCCAGCUACCUGGGAGGCUGAGGCAGCAGAAUCACUUGAACUGGGAGGCGGAGGUUGCAGCGAGCCAAGAUCAAAAGGAAGAGCAAUCAACUGUCAGAGCAACACGGAUGAUGUGGUUUAAGAAGUAGCCAUGGCCGGCGCGGUGGCUCAUGCCUGUAAUCCCAGCACUUUGGGAGGCCGAGGUGAUCGGAUCAUGAAGUCAGGAGAUUGAGACCAUCCUGGCCAAUAUGGUGAAACCCUGUCUGUCUCUACUAAAAUACAAAAAAUUAGUCGGGCAUGGUGGCACAUGCCUGUAUUCCCAGCUACUCAGGAGGCUAAGGCAGGGGAAUCGCUUGAACCCAGGAGACGGAGGUUGCAGUGAGCCGAGAUUGCGCCACUGCACUCCAGCCUGGCAACAGAGCGAGACUUUGUCUCGAAAAAAAAAGAAGUAGGCCGGGUGCGGUGGCUUAUGCCUGUAAUUCUAGCACUUUGGGAGGCCGAGAAUGGCGGAUCAUGAGGUCAGGAGAUUGAGACCAUCCUGACUAACACAGUGAAACCCUGUCUCUACUAAAAAUACAAAAAAAAAAAAUUAGCUGGGUGUGGUGGCGGGCACCUGUAGUCCCAGCUACUUGGGAGGCUGAGGCAGGAGAAUGGCAUGAACCCAGGAGGCGGAGCUUGCAGUGAGCUGAGAUUGUGCCACUGCACUCCAGCCUGGGUGACCGUGAGACUCUGUCCCCCAAAAAAAAAAGAAGUAGAAGUAGCCAUUAGGUUUUUAGCAACAUGGAGGUGUCUGGUGGUGUGAACAGUUUUGGUGGCAUGCAUGGGGAGGGUGCAGCCUGGUUGGAGCAGGUUUAAGAAAAGCUAGCAGGAGAGAAAUUAAGGACAGUAAGUAUAGGUAACUCCUACAAGGAGUUUUGCUUGAAGAGAAGGGGAGACAUAAUGGAUCUUAGCUGAUGAGGGAAAUUUUAACUUCUUGAUGAAAUUGUGGACAUACCUAAGGGUCAUUGCCUGAGGCUGGGGGUCUGAGAUGGUGGGGUGAGGGGAGAUGGGAGGCUCAGUAAAGGGUUAAUGUGGAGACAAGAUCUCCAUUCCUUACUCACCUUCUUGCUUCCUUCGGCCUGUGGCAUUAGCAAGCCACUGCCCAGAGUUGUUCUCAUUUAAUGAAAGCCAUUGAAAUUUGUUUUACUGUUAUUGGGCUCUUUUACCAUGGUUUUAAUUUAUUUGUUUAUUUAAAAUUUUUAUUAUUAUUUUUUAAAGACAGGGUUUCACUGUCAUCCAGGCCAGAGCACAGUGGUGCAAUCAUGGCUCACUGCAGCCUCGACUUCCUGGACUCAAGCAAUCCUCUCGCCUUGGCCUCCUAAGGAGCUGGGACUACAGGCACACGCCACCACACCCAGCUAGUUUGUAAACAUUUUUUGUAACGAUGGCAUCUUGCUGUGUUGCCCAGGCUAGUCUUGAACCCCUGACCUCAAGUGAUCCUCCUGUCUUGGCCUCCCAAAGUGCUGGUAUUACAGGCAUGAGCCACUGUGCCCACCUUAUAAUGGUUAUUGUGAUUACUGAGGUUUGCUUCUCAUUGAAAUAUUCAGCACAAUUUGGAGUCUUUCACUACCAAGGUUGCUGCUUUCUUCAUCCAAAUGGAUUCUCUUAUCCCAUUUGUCAGCUUUCUUUGAGGUCCAACUUUGUCCUCUAAAACCAGUCAGGGCAUGCUUUUCCCUCACCAGCUCUGAAUUCUUCCAGGCUAGGCAACUGGAAAAGCCUGGGCUUAGAAACUGCUUUGUUGGCUUACAGCCCAGCUGAGCUGACCAAAAUAGCCAAGAGAAAGACUGUUUGCACAGUGUGAAAUUCCUCCAGGGGAAAUACCAUAGCAAAAGGCCAAGAAAGCCAGAGCCACGAUGGCAGGAACCCACAGGCAAAAAAAGCCAAGUUACCCCCAAGGCCUGGGUUGUGGAGAUGGAGCCUAGUUCUCUCCAGAAGGAAAAGCUUCCUAAAGCCUACUGUUGUGGUAUUUCUGUAGGCGCUUUUUCUCAUUUGCUGGGUCUCAAGAGUAGCAUUCUCAGUGAAAAGAAUAGUCGAACAGCCUGCAGCCUGGUGGCCAGGGCUCAGAGGUCUCUCUUCCUGUUACGUUCUCUCCCCAAGUCAGGCCUAGAAAGACCGUGGGACAGGGACACACUACCAGCUCUGUGUAGAUGGGACAGUGCCGAAGGGUGCCUGGAGUAUGCACGGGCGGGUAGCAGGGUCACCUGCCCCAGAUUUGAGGUGGGAGGAGGUCAGAAAAGGCUUUCCCUGAGUGAGUAUAAAUGAGCUCUGAAGGACAGGAGCUGGCUGGGCAAAUGGGAGAGAGUGUGCUUCAGGCUCCAAGUGAAACAGGGUGGCAUGUUUUAAUUCCAGAAAUGAAAAACUGAAGUGUGUGUUGGGAGAGUUGGAAGGGAAAGAGGUCAGGAGGGAGGACCAGGGAGGGACAGGUUGUUCUGGCCUUUAUAAGUUUAUCACAAGAGCAUCAGGGAACAAUUGAGAUGGUUAAUUAGGAGAGUAGCUGGAUGGGAUUUGCAUUUUAAAGAGCCUUCUAACCAAAUUGUGGAGGCUGGCUAAGGGGGAGGCCAGAGGCCAGGAAGCAGUUUUAGAGGCCAUGGGCAGUAUCUCAGGUGGAUCAUGGUGAUGAGGAUGGGGAGCCUGGGUACACUGUAGGGAGAUUUGUCUAUGAGGUGGAAUCAUGAGGACUUGAUGAUUGGUUGGCAGUGAGGGGGAUACUUAGGUUUUGUCCUGAUUGGAGAUACCAGAAGAGAGGCUGCUUUAACCCAGGAUAUUCAUACAGCCCAUAGGCACUGAAGGUAUCUGUGAGCCAUGUGCCAGGCCUUGGUGUCUGCAGUUCAGUGGUAUAAACAGACAUGGCCCACCCUGGGGAGCCCUCACAUACAUUGGGCUCGUGAUUAGUUAAUGGGUGGUGAGUGUUCCCAAAGGAGUUAACCUCAUCUCAGGGGUCCAAAAAGGCCUCUCUGAGGAAAUGGCAUGCCUGUACAUAAUGGCUCUUAAAUUAUGCUGGGAAAGUCAAAUAGCCAGAGACCUGAAGGGUGAGGUCUUAGCUAGUGAAGAGAACAGAAAGAGCUAUAAGCAAGGAAAGACAGCUGCAGAGACUCAAGUUUUUCAAGGAUCUGGAAGAAGGCCUGUGGUGGCUGAGGGUGAGAAAGCUGGAGAAAGAAUGGGCAAAGCUGACAGCUCAGUGCUCUGAGUGUCUGUGGCCAGCCCUAAUGGAAGACCCACAGAGGGCUGGAUGUACAGGUCUAACACGUGGAGCAGAGAUCUGGGCCAGACACAGGCCUAUGAGUUGCCAGCCUGUGGAAGGCACCUGCAUCCCCAUCCCUACCCUAUGCUGCCUUCAAACCUUGUUUGAUGCCCUGGAGUUUUCCUUGGAGACUAAGAGAGAUCCACAGACCAGCAUGGCUGCCACUGCUGCUGUGAGUCCCAGUGACUACCUGCAGCCCGCCGCCUCCACCACCCAGGACUCCCAGCCAUCUCCCUUAGCCCUGCUUGCUGCAACAUGUAGCAAAAUUGGCCCUCCAGCAGUUGAAGCUGCUGUGACACCUCCUGCUCCCCCACAGCCCACACCGCGGAAACUUGUCCCUAUCAAACCUGCCCCUCUCCCUCUCAGCCCCGGCAAGAAUAGCUUUGGAAUCUUGUCCUCCAAAGGAAAUAUACUUCAGAUUCAGGGGUCACAACUGAGCGCCUCCUAUCCUGGAGGGCAGCUGGUGUUCGCUAUCCAGAAUCCCACCAUGAUCAACAAAGGGACCCGAUCAAAUGCCAAUAUCCAGUACCAGGCAGUCCCUCAGAUUCAGGCAAGCAGUUCCCAAACCAUCCAAGUACAACCCAAUCUCACCAACCAGAUCCAGAUCAUCCCUGGCACUAACCAAGCCAUCAUCACCCCCUCACCGUCCAGUCACAAGCCUGUCCCCAUCAAGCCAGCCCCCAUCCAGAAGUCGAGUACGACCACCACCCCCGUGCAGAGCGGGGCCAAUGUGGUGAAGUUGACAGGUGGGGGCGGCAAUGUGACGCUCACUCUGCCCGUCAACAACCUCGUGAACGCCAGUGACACCGGGGCCCCUACUCAGCUCCUCACUGACAGCCCCCCAACCCCGCUGUCUAAGACUAACAAGAAAGCAAGGAAGAAGAGCCUUCCUGCCUCCCAGCCCCCUGUGGCUGUGGCUGAGCAGGUGGAGACGGUGCUGAUCGAGACCACCGCGGACAACAUCAUCCAGGCAGGAAAUAACCUGCUCAUUGUUCAGAGCCCUGGUGGGGGCCAGCCAGCUGUGGUCCAGCAGGUCCAGGUGGUGCCUCCCAAGGCCGAGCAGCAGCAGGUGGUGCAGAUCCCCCAACAGGCUCUGCGGGUGGUGCAGGCGGCAUCUGCCACCCUCCCCACUGUCCCCCAGAAGCCCUCCCAGAACUUUCAGAUCCAGGCAGCUGAGCCGACACCUACUCAGGUCUACAUCCGCACGCCUUCCGGUGAGGUGCAGACAGUCCUUGUCCAGGACAGCCCCCCAGCAACAGCUGCAGCCACCUCUAACACCACCUGUAGCAGCCCUGCAUCCCGUGCUCCCCAUCUGAGUGGGACCAGCAAAAAGCACUCAGCUGCAAUUCUCCGAAAAGAGCGUCCCCUGCCAAAGAUUGCCCCCGCCGGGAGCAUCAUCAGCCUGAAUGCAGCCCAGUUGGCGGCAGCUGCCCAGGCAAUGCAGACCAUCAACAUCAAUGGUGUCCAGGUCCAGGGUGUGCCUGUCACCAUCACCAACACAGGCGGGCAGCAGCAGCUGACAGUGCAGAAUGUUUCUGGGAACAACCUGACCAUCAGUGGGCUGAGCCCCACCCAGAUCCAGCUGCAAAUGGAACAAGCCCUGGCCGGAGAGACCCAGCCCGGGGAGAAGCGGCGCCGCAUGGCCUGCACGUGUCCCAACUGCAAGGAUGGGGAGAAGAGGUCUGGAGAGCAGGGCAAGAAGAAGCACGUGUGCCACAUCCCCGACUGUGGCAAGACGUUCCGUAAGACGUCCUUGCUGCGUGCCCAUGUGCGCCUGCACACUGGCGAGCGGCCCUUUGUCUGCAACUGGUUCUUCUGUGGGAAGAGGUUCACACGGAGUGACGAGCUCCAACGGCACGCUCGCACCCACACAGGGGACAAACGCUUCGAGUGCGCCCAGUGUCAGAAGCGCUUCAUGAGGAGUGACCACCUCACCAAGCAUUACAAGACCCACCUGGUCACGAAGAACUUUUGCCUGAGGCAAAAUCUUCAACUUGGCAGUUCGGCUUCCUUUGUCUUUUCCCUUGGAGAGCUCGGAGAGGGGACUCCAGAGGAGGGAGCUGUGGUCUCUCAGAGUGAUCCACACUGGGACCAAGAGCUAAUAGGAACUCAGGGGUUGCGAUGUUGUGCAGAUUAAGAUUGGAGCUAGUUCAGUACAUGUGUUUAAGCCCCACAGGGCCCUGAAGAGCAUCCGGCCUGAAGAGACAGGCAAGUCCGCCUCAAGCAUGUAGAGGACAGCACGUGCUUUCACUCUCCCUCGAAAGGACACAGCUGGGAUUGCUGUUCUGUUCGGAAGUGGUGAGGCUCGUUUUGAGCUAUCCAUUCCCCUGCUCUGUUCUGUUUGUCACCAGCCACCUGUGUCUGCCAGCAAACAGCUUUUCCUUAGAGCCAGUCAACCCUCAAAUGGCUGAAAAAGUAAAAAGCCCACAGAUCUCAGAUGGAUCCAGGUUCUCUGUCCUUCCCCUCUUCUUUGUUAACAAGCAGGGGGCCUUUCCUAUCCCUACGGAAGCCGUUUGGGCAAUACUAGACCACCAGCUGAAUCUACCUUGACACAGAAGCCUCUUCCUCAGCCCCUCAGCUCUGCAUCUCAUCACCGCACUGGCAGCAAGGGGAAGACAUGAGGUGUAUUUAUUCCUCAUGUGUGGACUGCAUGACUAGAAAACUGCCUUGCUGUGUUCUGAAUAAGGGGAUUGGUGGAGAGAAGGGGAAUAUUAACAAAGUGACCUCUUUCUGCCACAUGUUUCCCUUGGCUUUGCUCUUAGGCACAAAGAAUGAUCCUUUCCUGGGGGCUGAUUCCAAGCCAUGUGCUUUAUGCUUCCAGUACAGAAACUGACCUGACCCCAGCAUCAUCUGGAAAUGAAGGUGCCAGCCCCCAGCUGGGCAGGACGAGGAUUUCCCGUGUAGGAUUUCCCUUCUCCAGUGAUAUGGGGGUUCAAAAGUUAUGUCUGAUCAUCUCUGCCUCCCUUGGGGUGGCUAAGAGCGAGAGAAUGUAUUCUGCCUAGCUGAGUGAUGGCACGAGGAAAGCAUAGAAAGACUUGUGGGCAAAUUAACCCUCCUCUGGCUUUAACCUAUCCAUUAUUUGAGAGUUGCAGGGGAACUGUUGAAGGUGUGAUGCAGUCUAAGCUCACCCUAGGCAAGAGGCUCCCACAGACACCUGAUCCUGAUGGGCCCUUGAUGAAAAUCUGGGUGCAGCUGAAGGGUAGGGGCCCCACUUGUGUGGUUCCUCCUCUGUCCUCUACCGUCCCCAGCGUCAUGUGCACCAAAGCCCAUCCCUCAUGCCCCUCCUUUCUGUCCAGCUGACACUUGACAUUGUGCUCAUUAUCCCAGAGACGAGGAUUCCAUGCCUGGAAGAAAGGGGGACUGGGCAGGAUUUCCCUCCCAAAGGCAAAUCCACGCAUUAUAUGUACUUUUUUUUUUUUUUCUUUAACCAAACCAGCAAAUGGGUCUUACUUGCCCUUCCUUCAAACCACCCAGUUCAUUUCUACAAUCAUCUUUCUGGUGGGGCACAGUGGCUUAUGUCUGUAAUCCCAGCACUUUGGGAGGCCAAGGCAGGUGAAUCACUUGAGGUCAGGAGUUCGAAACCAGCCUGGCCAACAUAGCGAAACCCUGUCUCUACUAAAAAAUAUAAUAAUUAGCCAGGCAUGGUGGCGCAUGCCUGUAGUCCCAGCUACUCGGGAGGCUGAGGCAGGCAGAAUUGCUUGAACCCAAAAGGCAGAGGUUGCAGUGAGCCGAGAUCGUGCCACUGCACUCCAGCCUGGGUGACAGAGCAAGACUCUGUCUCAAAAAAAAGAAAAAAAAUCAUCUUUCCAGUGCCCUUGUGAGGCCCCAGGCUUGUUUGAUGACAGUGCUGAUGUUACAGCCCGCCACACAUGAGAUAUUUUGAGGAAGACAGGAUGGAGCAAGAGAAGGGUUCAGACCUAUCCCCAAGCCCAGGGUGGGUGUGUAGGAGCCCUGAGCGAUGGAUGAAUGCAAGCUGUCCUGAUCCGAGUGCAGAGAAUGGGGUGUUCGGGUUCUCCAUUUGAGUCUUCCACUGCCCAAACCUGAGGCCCCUUUAAGGUUGCCCCUUAAAGUUGCCACACCCAGAAAUUGGGCCAAAGAAGUUAAGCUGUUGAUUAUUUCAAUUCUGAAUAAAAAUGAAGGCAUCUUCUCUGCCUCC